AACGAUUGCUUGGCAGCAGCCUGUUCUGUUGUUGUUUUUUGGUCGGGGCGUUGAAAUUAAUUCCCCGCUGUAUUGUAUAUAACGUUAAACAAUAGCAAAGCAAUCCGAGUGCUGCAAUAAUUUACAUCACUUCCAUUUACAUAACGCACUCGGCGGGCAAUCGUAAAUAUGUGAAGACAACGAGAAACGCGUGCGAACGAAAACGAAUGGCGAAAAUAGGAGGAGCAUCGAAAAAGGGAGAAAACUGCGAAUUGGCUACAAGUAGCAGCGUGCAAAAUACCCAGAUGGAUAAAUAAAAUUCACUGCGUUCAAUUUGUUCCUAUUUAAGUGCUGAUUAAUUAGUUAAUUCACCCAUUCGCCCCACUUGAGCUGCAAACAAGUACCCACCGAUCGAACUUUUGGCGGCGAGGAGGAAGAACAUAGCUUUCCGGGCACUUGGCCAUGUCAUGUGGCGAGAAUUGCGACAGCUGCCACCACCGACGACGUCGUUAAUCCAACCCGGCGCCUGCAUUAGUCAUAGGAGGAAUGAGGAUGACAGCCGGCCCAAGGGAACGCCGCCAGCACAACGAACCAGAGACCGAGCCAGAACGAAAAGCCAACCCAGAAGAGGAAGCAAAGCAGCCCCAAGGCAAACAGUUAGCUAAUUAAUACGACACAGCCAGCGGAGGAAUCCAGGGCAGAGCGAAUGAUGUUCAAGAUUAGGCAGCGGAACUGCAUGCUGAUAGUGACGGCCCUGGUGCUGGCACCAUGCAUAGUGAUCCUGAUGGUGAUGGGACCCGAGUUAUCCACCGAACAGUCGCUGACUCAGCGCCUGGCCGAAUGCCAUAUGCGGCUGCAGUAUUUGGAGUCCAUGUACCGCGCCCGCCAGGAGGACGUGGCGCUGCUUUCCCAGUACCUGGGCCAGCUGCAGAGCGUCAAUGUGACGGGAGCCAGUGCACCACCGCCGCCGCGACUGAGUCCCGAGGCCAGGCAGCUGCUGAGAAAUGCGUCGCAUAUCAGUAAGGGUGGCAGUGCCAAUGGUUCGAUGGCCAGGAGCCAGAAUAUACGGCUACCGAAUGCCUAUCAUUUCCUGCCGCAUCUCCUGGACGAUGCGGGCUCCCUGCGACCAGCAUACUUGCAAAGCAAGGGCCGUUCGGAUGUGAGCAUUGUCCUGGGUGUGCCCACCGUGCGGAGGGAGAAGCAAUCGUACCUGCUCGGAACCCUCCACAAUCUCAUCGAGAACAUGAACGACGAGGAGCAGAACGAAACACUGAUCAUUGUCUAUAUAGGGGAAACGGAUAUGGAGUCCGUGCAACUUAUCGCCCGUCAAAUCGAGGCCAGUUUCGAUCAGCAUGUGGAGAGUGGACUGAUUGAUAUAAUAGCACCUGCGCCUAGUUACUAUCCCAAUUUCGAACGACUUCGCAUCACACUGAAUGAUCCUUUGGAGCGCGUUAAGUGGCGCAGUAAGCAGAAUCUGGACUUUGCCUACCUAAUGGCCUACGCCCAUUCGAAGGGAACCUUUUACGUUCAACUGGAGGACGAUAUACUGACCAAGCGGCAGUUCAUCACCACCAUGAAGAAAUUCGCCCUAAUCAAGAGCGCUUUGACGAAACCCGAUCAACCAGAAUGGUUUGUGCUAGACUUUUGCCAGCUUGGCUUUAUUGGCAAGAUGUUCAAGAGUGCGGAGCUACCCUACCUGAUCACCUAUUUCCAAAUGUUCUAUAAUGACAAGCCAGUGGACUGGUUACUGACGUAUUUCAUCGAGUCCAAGGUUUGUCGCACGGACAAGGAUCAGAAGCACUGCAAUGCGGAGAAGGCAAAGUACUGGCAGCAUUUUCGAAAGUCCCUUUUCCAACAUAUUGGUACAAGUUCGUCGCUGAAAGGAAAAGUUCAAAAGCUGAAGGACAAGCAGUUCGGCAGUAAGGUGCCGCAGUAUUAUGCCCAUACACACAAUCCGCCGGCUCUGGUGAAGUCCAACAUUGCGCCGUAUAAGAACUAUCUGUUGCAGCGCGCUUAUAGAGGAGAAUCCUACUUCUGGGGCUUGCUACCGCAGCCUGGAGAUCUGGUGCAGAUCAUAUUCGAGCGACCCACGCAGCUGAGGCACUACCUCUUCCGAAGCGGCAACUCGGAGCAUCCGUCCGACAGGUUCUACAACACGACGGUGGAGCUCCUGCCGGCGGAUACGCUGAGCGAAAAUUCGUCCGUCUGGAGCAACUACAACACCACCACGGACGGCUAUCUGGUGGUGGGUUCAUUCGAUAGCCUGGGCGUGGCCGAGGGCCUUCUGGAUGCAAAGAUAGGUGCCAUCAAGGAGCUGCGCCUGCACGUCCACAGCGACAGCGAGAAUUGGGCCCUGCUCAGCGAGAUCGAACUACAGGAGUGGGGCAGUGAUUCCAAAUCCGAGGACAAUGCGGCAAAGCCACGGUAUGUGGGGGGCAGCUGAUUGCUGCAUCGCCACCGGCAGCGGCAAAACUGGGAUGAAUAGGAGCCAACCAGUCCUGGUAAUCCAUCGAAUCCCUCUCCAGUUAAUGUCUAUACUAAUCCCCAUCCACAAUUUGUCUAUGGGAUUGUGUCGAUUUCGCUGAGAUGCAGUCGUGGGAGCAAAACGUUAUCUUAAUGAAAUUGCUUGAGAAACAUUUAGGAAUAAUUAAGAUAACUUUUUUUUCCCAUGGCUCUUAAAAAGAUGCAACUUUUUGCUGAAGAAUUCGUUUUGCUCCCAAGGCUUCGUCAUGGUUUUUCCAUAGAUGCGAGUUGACCAACCCAAUAAUUGUACAUCUGUGUGUAUAUUUUUCGAAUGAUGCUUUUACCCUCGAUUAUCUCAGUGUGUAAAUAAUCUCCCCGAACAUCUCCUCUCUCGCUCUCCUAACUUUAAGUGAUUAUCCUUAGCUAUAAGGCUCAAGUACGACUGUAGGCCGAUUAUAUUGCCACAUACAUCCCCAGAACCAAUUCGUUAGGGUUUCUUUAACUUAAGCGUUACGAGCCUCGGCAAUAUCAUUGGUCUACAGUCUCCCAAAAGUCUUGUUUAAUCCCAAGCUGUCAGUAUAUUUUUCGCAUAACCAUAUGGAUUUGAUAUAUGUACUCCAAGUGCCCCUUCCAUUUUUCAUGGUGGUAUAAUAUAUACAUAAUUGAUAUAGAUUAUGGGAAUCAAGUUGUGGGCUAUGUUAGUAAGGCUAUUUCUUGGUAUUCGAAUAUUAUCUUUUUUGUUUAUUUUCCUUUAGUUUAAGUGUUAACCUCAUUUUAUUGGUAACCCCAACACAUUCCAAUUUAUUUUGUUUCAUUUUUUUUAAUUUCCAAGUGAUCAAGAAUCUCGAACCCGCUGAAAUCUUAUCGAUCAAUUACGAAUUAAGAAAUAUUUACACAUUGUUGCACACUUAAGUUUAAUCUGUACAUUAAUUGGUUAAAAGUAUUCCUUUACUUUAAUAAUUUAUCGUAAUAUUAUGAAUUCACCCAUCAUGCUUGUGUUAGUUUUAUAUAGCCACCUUCUUGAAGAUGAAGCCAUAACUACAUACAUAUAUUAAAUAUGCAUAAACAUAAACAUUGAACCAUUAAAGAACGAAACGAUUUUUAGCAUUGUUGCUUUUUUACUGUGAUUUGUUAAUAAUUUGUGCAUAACAAUGAAAUAAUUAUAUACCUACAUUAUAUACAUAUACACGUAAAUGUAAAACAACUCUAAUUAGCUAUUGUAAAACGAAAUUCCAAAAACAAAAAUCAUUCAUAAGAAAACAUUUUUUUAUAUAUACAUACGAUCCAUUUUAUGAUUGGUUCAACUAAUUGGAAACGCCAAAUUUUUUGAUAGACUAUGACAAAAAAAAAACUAAAAACAAAAACAAGAAUGAUGAUGAUUGUUUAAACUUGGUUCCUGUUGAGUAAAGAGAAUUGCAAUAUAUAGUGGCAUAAAUAUUUACGAGCUAAGUUCGAUGCAUUCUGUUGCAUUUUUUGACUUUCGAAAGUUAUUCAAUUUCAAUUCGUAUGCCGCUAUAUAUAGAGUAACAGAUAUUGUAGACUGCUUUCGAUAAACUGAAUAAUUGAAACGAAUGUUUUGCAUAUACUUACUAUUGCAUAACUGUACGAACAUAAAUAUAUAUAUAUUUUUAUAUAUUCCUGUGUUACAUGUGCGCCAACUAGCAACAAUAAUUUACAGCACUCGCUCUCCCAGACACACUCAUUUUGCCAAAUUGCAACAAAUUAGCAAGCAACAAUAAUAGCGGAUAGUGAUCAAUCGGAAUAAUAUAUAUAUUAGCUGGCAUUAUAGGCUUCCCCUUCCACGAACACAUAACGAUCGUAGCUGAAUUACAACAAAUUACAAAUUACAAAUAACAAUUUUACAAUAUUCAUAAGCCGUUGGGACAACUCAAAACUUAAUCGAAUCACAAACGAGAACAACAAAUAUGCGUGUAAUGUGUGUAUAAGCUUAAUAAAUAACUCAAGUAUUUGAAAUUGAA